AUGGCGCUUGCUCUUAGAUAUUAUAUUGUUGUUCUUCUUCUCUCUAUGGUUUCUCAAGGACUGUGCCACUGCAAUUUCAGUAAGAUCCAGAUCGGAACGGUAAGAACCGGGAGAGAAAUCGCCGGACAACCGGAGUGGGAAGUGACGGUGAUCAACACGUGCAAUUGUCUUCAAAAGCACGUGACUCUGUCAUGCGGAGGUUUUGCUCCUGUGAAGCGUGUCGAGCCAUGGCUACUGCUCCCACAAGGAAGGACCUGUCUCAUGAUCAAAGGGGAGGCUUUGCCAGCUGGCGCCUCAGCUAAGUUCAGUUACGCCGGCGAGCCUUACAUCUUCAGACCCAUCGGUUCCUCCGUCGACCGAAGUUGCAAGAAUUAUGAGAAUAAAAACUUAUAA